ACAGCACUGCAGAAGCAGACGAGUUCACGAACGUAUCGAUUUUACGAUCCGUGUGUCUAGUCGUCCGCGGUUAAGUGUGUUCGUGUUCUUUUAGUUUUUUUAGAGUGACACUGUGUCUUGUUAUAUUACAUGGAUAAAAUUGUGAAUUGGAUUACAAAUUAGACGAUACAAAUUGUACGUCCAUUGACAUCAAUAAUCGUCAUUCAUUAUGACUAAGGAUAGAUUAGCAGCCCUUGUUGCUGCACAGUCGGACGACGACGAUGUGGCCGACGACGUACAGGUUCCAGUGGGUGGAGAGGGUGAUUUCAUGACAGAAUUUUUUGCAGAUGUGGAAGAGAUUCGUGAAAUGAUUGACAACAUUCAAACGAAUGUUGAAGAAGUCAAGAAAAAACACAGUGCAAUUCUUUCAGCUCCACAAACAGAUGAGAAGGUCAAAAUGGAACUUGAAGAUCUCAUGGCUGAUAUUAAAAAAAGUGCUAAUAAAGUUAGGGCCAAGUUAAAGGUGAUAGAGCAAAAUAUCGAGACAGAAGAGCACACAAAUAAAUCGUCAGCUGAUUUGAGGAUACGCAAAACUCAACACUCAACAUUAUCAAGAAAGUUUGUUGAAGUUAUGACUGAAUAUAAUCGGACACAAACUGAUUACAGGGAAAGAUGUAAGGGAAGAAUACAACGACAACUAGAAAUAACGGGGAAAACUACUACUAAUGAAGAGCUUGAAGAAAUGCUUGAGCAAGGAAAUCCCGCGGUAUUCACACAAGGAAUUAUUAUGGAAACACAACAAGCCAAGCAAACACUUGCUGAUAUUGAAGCACGUCAUGCUGAUAUUAUUAAAUUAGAAACUUCAAUCAAAGAACUUCAUGACAUGUUCAUGGACAUGGCCAUGUUGGUAGAAAGUCAGGGUGAUUUGGUGGAUCGGAUUGAGUACUGUGUCACCCAAACAGUUGAUCACGUUGACCAGGCUCAUGGCCAACUCAAGAAGGCCGGUGAAUAUCAAUCAAAAGCACGAAAGAAAAAGUUCCUGAUAAUAGUGUGUCUAACAAUUGCGGCGAUUAUUUUAAUUUUAGUAAUAAUCAAUAUGUUUACAUGAAAAAUUUAAAUUUAAAAAAAAAAAAUUUGUUUGGAAAAAAAAAAAUUAUAAUUACUUGGCAUUGUCAUAGAAAGAUUUAAAUAUGACAACCUAAAUAUAUUGGCUAAUUAAAUUUAAAAAAAACAUAUAUUUAAUUAAUAGAAAAAAAAAUGAUACAGGUGUUUAGAAAAAAAAAGAAAAUCAAUAAUUAUUUGUAAAUUUUUUUUUAAAUUUAUUUAUUUACUUAACCGCCAAUGAGUGCCCUGAUAGUUGUUUUUUUUUUUUUUUUUUAUAAUUAAUAUUUAUUAUACUUAGUCACAAAAAAUAAUAAUAAUAUAUUUGACUUUUAAAAUAUCUUUCAAAUUAAUCAAAGUAUUAAUGUCUUAAAUAAAAUCAUGUUGAUGGCAAUACGUAUGAAAUAACAUUCGAAAAAUUUAAUUAUUCAAAUAAUUAGUAUUAUUUAACAACAAAGUAUCCAGCAGAUUAUUAUUUAUAUCAUUUAAAUGCUAUUUGUUUAUUGAAAAAACUGGCAAUUCAUUGAGACAGUUGGUUAAUAUAAUUUCUUCUUUUUUUUUUAAUUUAAAAUAUUUUGAAAAUAAUAAUAAAUAUAUAAUAAUAAAUAAUCAAUAAUGUAAUGCGAUACGUACAGUAGUUUUAAAAUGUAAAAUUAUUUAAUUAUUAUUUGUUUGUUUCAAAAUUAAAGCUAUGUAGAAAAAUUUUAAAAAAAUGUAAAUAAUAAUAAGUACCAUGAAAAAGAAAAUAAAAAAAAAAAAAAAUUAGCGAGAUGAAAAUAAUUCAAGUUUGAAAAAAAUAACAUCGUUGUAUAGUUGAUUAUGAAAAAGUGCGUUUAUCAGAGUGUUGAGUGUGAGACUGAAGAAAAUUUAAAAAAAAAAUACUAAAAGAAAAAAAAUAAAUUUUUUCUUUCAUAUAUAAUGUUCAUAAUAAUUGUCGCGCAAUACUCUGAAUAAUAAAUAAUAAUAAUUACAGAAAUUUUAAAAAAAAAAAGUUAAAAAUAAAAAAAAUCACGUAAAUUAUAAUUACGAUGAUAAAUAAUUAAUAAAAAUGAAUAAUUUAGUUGAAAUAUAAUAGUACCAAAUAUGAUGCAAUGAAAAAUGAUUGAUUUAUUGAUUAAAUAUUGAAAAAAUAAUUUAAAUAAUGUAAAAGAAAAAAAAAAAAUAGAAAAAAAGUGUAUGCGUUUUUGUGAGAUGAUUUUUUAAAUUAUUGUUUUGGAAUGAUAAAAAGAGAAAAUAAUAGAAGAGUGUCUUUUUUUGUUUGUUUUUAAUGAUGAUUGAUAUUUUAUGAUAUCAUACAACAAAAAAUAAUAAUAGUUAGGCAGAAGGAUUACUGAUGAUUACUGUACAUAAAUUGUAAUGCGCGCAAAAUGGUUUCGAGGAUUAAUCAGAGUAAGUAUCUAUGUAAUAAAAUCUUUUUUUUUUUUUUAUUUCAAAUUAACUUUUGUCAAGAAAAAAAAUAUGUCUAACUGCCUGCAACGUUUUAUUGUCUUAUUAUAAUUAUUAUUAUUAAAACUAUUGUGUGAAAAUGAUGACAUGAUUGAAAAUUCUAGUUUGAAUAUUUCGAACAGAAAAUUUGUUUAUUCAUCUGGAAAUAAAUUGUUUUAUUAAAAAAAAAAUCAUUCAAUGGUUUUUCGAUGCAAAAGAAUAUUUAAAAAUAAAAUUUAUUUGUUAUUUAAUAGUUUAUAAUAAAAUAUAAACAAAAUAAUGUUUGCAAAGUUGAAAAUGUCUUUAAAAUCAUGAUGAAUAACUCAAUAUUCAAUCGAAUAAUUUAGUGUUUGUUUUGUUUAUUUAAUUGGAACAAAUUUCUUGGAUAAAAUUAAAGCUAAUUAAUUUAAAAAUUAAUUAAUCAGUCAUUGUAUUGUAAUGACUCAAUGCUAUUACUAUUAUAAAUUCAACUUUUUUCCUAAAUAAUUAUUUGCUUGGAUAUUUUCGAUUGGGAAAUUAUUGUUCAGAAUAUUUGUUUGCAACUAGAAUAUUUAAUCAUGCAGCGUAAAUAUUUUUGUACCUUUGUCAAUGAUCGAAAAUUCGAUCUAAAUAUUUAUCAGAUCGCAUACAAAAUUGCAUGCUCAAUCAUAAUUUUUAUUUUUUAUUUCUAUACAUUUUAUUUUCUUUGUAAAGAAAAUUGUAGUUUUAUUUUUUUCUUCCUCAAUUGCAUGUUGUUUUACUUCAAACUAAGCGAUAAGAAAAAUUUUAAAUCACGCGAUGCUUAGUAUAUUUAUAUGAUACACAUAAAAUUAGAAGAAAAUUUUAAAAAAUAUAAAUUUCAUGUUACGCACGCUUAUUUUUCUAUUACCUAAAAAAAACUAAGUAAUAAAAAUAAAAAUCAAUCUUAACAGUCUUAAUUUCGAACAAAAAAAUAUAACUUUUAGAGUACUUAAUUUAUUUUUUAAUAAGUGUGUGCAUUUAUUGAUGUAAAAAUGUGUUGUCUUCUUCAAAAAAAAAAUCCAAAAAUGUCAUCAACAUCAGUUGAAGAAUCACUGGAAUAAUUAUUAUAAAAAAAAAUUUAUAUCUAUGUGUCAAUAUGUUUUAAAAUCCCAAUAGAAAAAUAAAUGUAUUACCCAUAAAUUGCAAACGAAAAAUAAAUA